AUGGCAUGGUCGGUGCCGCCGCUGCAGGGGGGACCCUCCAGUGAUGAACCAUCACCACAGAUGGGGCAUUUCGUGGUUGCGGAUAGUCAAGAAUUCCACCCCACAACGGAACCGGACCUCGGCCAUUUCAACAUUGGCAGCGAUGACACAGGGGCGAAGAAGGUGAACUCCUCAAACAGGAAGAAGAAGGCGGAGAACAAAACGGACAGAACAAAAUGGAUAGAUGACGAGGAUGAGCUGCUCGUGCCCGCAUGGUUAAACAUGAGCCAGGAUCCGGUAGUGGGAACUGAUCAAACCAAGGAGACGUACUGGGGCAGGAUCGCCAAGUACUUCAACACGUAUAGGCAGCCGAAUAUGAUGCCGAGGUCGGACAAGGCUUUGGUCAACCACAUGAAGCUCAUCACAGACGCAGUGACCAAAUUUGCGGUGCACGUGAGGAAGGUGGAGCAGCUCAAUCCGAGUGGGACCAACGAGCUUGACAAGGUAACUAACACAAGCCAAUGA